AUGGGGAACGUGCCAUCUAAGCAGCCUGCUUCCGUUGGCGUCGUGGGAGCUGCAUUCAACAAGGGCCAAGACAAGGACGGCGUACAAAACGGACCGGCGACGUUGAGAGGCGGAGGCCUCCAGGAGGCACUGAAUGCAACAGGUGCUAAAGUCACCGACUAUGGCGAUGUUACUCAACCGAUCGCCAACGAGCCAGACAAGAUCCUAAACUGCAGCAACCAGCGGGCGCUGAUCAAAAGCACCCUGGAGAUAGCGGAGGCCGUCGAGAAGAGUGUCAGCGAGAACGACCUCACGUUGAUUUUGGGCGGCGACCACAGCCUCGGCACCGGGAGUAUAACCGGCCACUUCAGGGCCUAUCCGAACUCGUUUGUUGUGUGGGUUGAUGCUCACGCCGACAUCAACACCCCGGAGGCCUCCGAAAGCAGCCACACCCACGGCAUGCCUCUCGCGUUCAUCGUGAAGGAAACCAACCAACUCGUCCCCCAAGUACAGGGCUUCGAGAAAAUUAAGCCAGCCUUGGCGGCAAGCCAAUUGAUCUACAUUGGACUCAGAGACGUCGAUAAAACUGAACUAAAAUUCCUGAAGGAAUUCAGCAUUACCUAUUUCGACAUGCACGACGUGAAGAAACUUGGAAUUGAAUGUGUAAUGGAUAUUGUAUUGAGGAUUAUUGCAGAAAGGAGAUACUUUGUAUCUUUCAUUUUCAAUAGACCUCACUGCAAGAUCCAUUUGAGUUUUGACAUCGAUGCACUGGACCCUAGUUUCGCGCCUAGUACAGGAACGCCUGUUCCCGGUGGUCUAACAUUAAAAGAAGGAAAAUACAUUUGCAGAACUCUCGCACAGACUGGUAAGCUGUAUGAUGAAUGCUCAUUUUGUGCUCAUAUCGCGCCCCAAACAGACGUCUGGCUGUGGGCUCUAUUUAUUUCGACCAAUCUUCUUUAUUGUAGCAAGUCGUGUGUAAAGCAGGGUCAAUUGAAGUCCAUGGACAUGGCGGAGGUUAACCCUGCUCUUGGGUCCCCUGAAGACGUGAAAACAACUGUCGAGUCGGCCACAGAGCUUUUAAAGAGUGCUCUCCUCUAUCAAUAG